AUGGCAGGCUGGGGUUGGUCCAGGCAUAUUACCACUGGUUCUCAGGCUGAGGGAAGCAUCAACAGCAGAGCCAACAAGGCACCGAACGGUGGCUCAGGCUCUCAUCCACCAUCAUCCACUCAUCCACUGGUUCCCUUGCUCAGCCAGCAAUCUUUCUAUCCGAAGACGGACGGGCUAAGCCUUAACGUCAACCAUGGACUCAGUCCAUCUGGGAGAACAGCACCAGCCACUUUCAAUCUAUUAUUCCUUGUCUGCUUUGAAAGUCCGAGCGAGUGGACGGGAGCUGUGGCGUUGCAGGUUUCAAGUAAAACAGGCCAUGAGAACACGCCCUGCUUCAAGGCCACCGUCGAGAUAUCUCUCUUCUCGCAACAGGCUCUUUUCUCCAGGCUCUUUAACAGCAAAAAUAUGUCAGACUGA